CUAGCUGCUUCUAACUGCUUCAGAAUUCACGGAGUCUGGCCACAAUACACCUUCAUACCAAUUCACUGUAUAAUGGAUUCCGGGAUUGACCCAACAACUGAUCCCUGGUCUUUAGACUACGCACUCAAUCAAACCACAGACUAUGAACAUCACAUUGAAAGUGGCAUCUGUGAGAAGAGCUGGGUGAGAGCCUUCCGUAGCUCCUACGAGCCACCUCUCUACUGGAUCAUCUUUGUGCUGGGAGCUCUGGGCAAUCUGCUUGUCGUGUGGAUCUACACAACCAUGCGCAAUCGCCUUAAGACCAUGACCGAUGUCUAUCUGAUGAACCUGGCAAUAGCUGAUCUCCUCUUCCUGGGCACCCUGCCCUUCUGGACCACGGAUGCCACCAAGGGCUGGGUGUUCGGCGUCAGCAUCUGCCAGGCCAUCCCCGCCGUCUACAAGAUCAACUUCUUUGCUGGCAUGCUCCUGCUCACGUGCAUCAGCGUGGACCGCUACAUAGCGAUUGUCCACGUGACCGAGGCGCACAACUUCAAGAGGAGGCGCAUGUUCUACAGCAAGCUGGCCUGCAUGUGCGUGUGGUUGGUUUCCUGCCUCUUGUCUCUACCAGAGUUCCUCUUCGCUCAGGUGAAGACGAAUCCUAGAGGUGUAUCCUCUUGCAGCCUGGUCUAUCCCACAGAAGAUAAUAACCUUACCAAAGUCCUGGUCCUCUCCCUGCAGAUCUCAGUAGGCUUCUGUCUCCCUCUGCUGGUCAUGGUCAUGUGCUAUUCCAUGAUCAUCCGCACACUGAUUCAGGCUCGCAACUUCGAAAAGCACAAGGCAUUGAGGGUCAUCUUCGCUGUGGUGGCAGCAUUUGUCCUCUCCCAGCUGCCGUACAAUGUACAUCUGAUCAUAGAGGCAACGCAGGCUUAUAACGCGACCAUGAUGGACUGCGAAGUCAUGAAGAUGUUCGACGUAGCCGGGCAAGUUGUAAAGAGCCUGGCCUACACACAUUGCUGCCUGAACCCUAUCCUGUAUGCCUUCAUUGGGGUUCGCUUCCGGAAGGAUCUACUGCACCUGUGUCACUGCUUGUCGGCUGGGCUGGGUGGGAUCCAUAAACCACAAGCAGUUCCCAAGAGACCGUCAGUCAUGUCUGACACGGACACCACUCCAGCAUUGUCUUUGUAGUCUGCUGGCAACCAAUCCCCCAUUUUUGGUUGAUGUUCUUUCCAAGGACUGGCCAAUCAUACUCCAAUUAGCCUAUAGCACCUUAUGACUCCAUCCUAGCGUGUGUGUGUGUGUGUGUGUGUGUGUGUGUGUGUGUGUGUGUGUGUG